UGUCCUAUUCGAAUAUAUUGUUCUGUGGCGUGUGUCAUGGUACGUGAGACAGGAAAACAAUUAUCUGUUGCUCAAAAACAAUAGCGUAAAUAAUUAAUGACCGACCAUGGGCUGCUGCGACUCUAAAGAAAAGGAAGAGGAACAGAACACGGAAAGAAAAUGCACCGACAUAUUUUGGUUGUGUCUUUACUUUUUGUUUUGGUGCUUAAUGGUAAUAAUUGCCGCCUUCUCCUUCGUUUAUGGGAACCCUCUGAGAAUUAUAAACGGUUACGAUUCGUUCGGUAAUAUUUGUGGCACCAAGAACAAACCAAUAGGAAACUUGGAGCUGUCUGGUUAUGAUACAACUAACCGACCGUUUUUAUUGUUUUACGACAUCAAGGAGCUGAGACACAGCUUGAAAAUAUGUGUCAAGGAGUGUCCUAAGGACACCCUGAGGUCCAUGAAGGAUAUUGCAGCCUACAAUCAAAAGGGCGUCAGUCUCUGUAAAUACAAUUUUAACUACAAUGAGUUGUUGAAAAUUGGGUUUGUUGAUAAUUCUGUGCUAAGUGGAUCUUUUGGGCCUUGUCCAGUUCUUCCAGUUUAUGAAAGCAUUCCAGUGUUGAACCGUUGUGUUCCCAAGCCAGUGAAAGAGGUUGGGGAAGCUGUUUUAAAUAGUUUUUAUGGUCUUCUAAACAGUUGGGACACCUUAGAACAAAUUUUAGGUGACCUGUAUAAAACAUGGAAGGAAAUAUUGAUCCUAACUUGUGGAGCACUUGUUGUGUCUUUGUUGACUAUUUUAAUGUUGCAUUGCCUGGCACAUCUUGUUUCAUACAUAAUUAUGAUAGCAUUUUCAAUUGCAAGUAUUGGUGGGACUGGUUAUUUAUGGUAUACUUAUUUUGAUCUGAAGAGAAACUUGGACAAAACCAAUCAAAACAUGAUGUUAUUAGAGUCUGUUAGAAAUGAAACUGCUUUCUUCUGGUAUGCUGUUGUAGCCUCAGUCAUAACUUUAAUAAUAUUGCUCAUUGUUAUAUUUAUGAGAAAACAAGUAGAUUUCCUUGCAAAUCUAUUUAAGGAAACUACCAAGUGUGUCAUGCACUUGCCUGGAUUAUUUAUACAACCACUGAUCACUUUUGUGAUACUAGCCCUGUUCUUUAUGUUUUGGAUAUUUGUUGUGUUAUGCCUGGCUACAGCUUAUUACCCUGGCACCACUGGCAUCUCACCAGCCACUACAAACUUUGGUAACCUGGUCCCCACCACGGCCCCCGAAAACGUCAGACCCGUAAAUACGAGUUUUACGGACAAAAUCAAAAAAUUAACUGUGGUGGAGUACGUAGAUGCGUCGUGGGUGAAGGGCAUGUGGUGGAUCUACUUCAUCGGAUUAAUUUGGACGUCCGAGUUCAUAAUGGCCUGCCAGCAAAUGGUGAUAGCCGGUGCAGUCGCCCACUGGUACUACCGUCACAAGUACAAGGACAACUCCCACCUCAGUUACGCCAUCUGUAAACUAAUCAAGUACCAUUUAGGUUCCGUAGCUUUGGGCUCCCUCAUCAUAACCAUCGUCAAGGUUCCCCGGUUGAUUUUGAUGUACAUACACGAAAGACUAAGAAGGAACAAAGACAAGGGCAGUGAGUGUGCGACAUGCGGGCUGAGGUGCUGCAUCUGUUGCUUCUGGUGCUUGGAGAAGUUCCUCAGAUAUUUGAACCACAACGCCUACACCGUCAUCGCCAUCGAUGGCUCCAACUUUUGCAAGGCUGCGGGAACUGCGUUUGAGGUUUUAACAUCUCACGCACUUCAGGUGGCCACCAUUAAUGGGCUGGGGGAUUUUAUACUGUUCCUGGGUAAGUGUUUUGUGACCGCGGUGACUGGGAGUGCCGGUCUAGCUUGGUUCAGGAGGCACGACGACCUUCAUUUUUACGCCGCCCCUACUUUAAUCGUCUGCAUUUUUGCCUUCUUUGUUGCUCACUGUGUACUUUCUUUAUAUGAGAUGGUACUGGAUACAGUUUACUUAUGUAUGUGCCAGUCAGGAGAAGCUCCAGACGGCAUACAAAUGCAAAAUUUGGGAGUGACAAACAAUGGAACAUCACCAGGAAACGAGCUCGAACCAAUGAAUUAAUGUUUAAAUGACAAGCACUAAGCAAAAUGCACAAACAAGUACAUGUUAAUUUUACAUAUAUUUUAUUUGUGGGUUGUGAAGUAUUCUCCACAUAUUACUCAGUAUUUUUUAUACGAAUUUAUCCAUCCAUGGAAUAUUUUUAGUAAUAUUUAUUUGUGACAAUAAUCUGGGUCUAUAUUAUCAUGAUUUAUAAGUGAUAUUUUUAUAUAUAUACAUGUUAGUAUCUAGCUUUAAAAGUAGCAAAUCAUUCAAAUACUAUAUUUACAUUUUUAUUAAAUUAAUAUGAAAAAUUGCACAAUUAUACUCUAUAAAUAAUCCAAUUAUAUUGUUGUUAAUUACAAGUAUUAUAUAUUUUUACAUUCCAGCUUUAAAUGUGAACUGAAAACGUGCUUUUAAAAUAUUUUUGGUCACUUCAAUUAUCAACUUUUACCCUUUAUUCAGUUUAUUUAUGUAUGUGAUUUGAAUAAAAACUGCCACUAAUAAAUAAUCAAAUAUAAUUUAUUUAUAACAAUAAAUAUAAAAAUAUAUUUUUUUUAAAUUAGUAUAUUUAACCCAA